CUUCGGACUCCGAAAUUCUGACGUUUCUUCCCCGAAAUAUUGUAAAUUUGUUAGUUCUGAUCAAUUUUUAGUUAAUUUGUGAAUAAAAUCCCAGUUUUUCGCUUUCAUUUGGAGUGAAAUUGAAAGAAAAUACAUUCAUGGCUGCCAUGAAGAUAUAUUCUUUGGCUAGAAGUGGCCAUCGCUUCUUGGGUGCAGCAACUCAAUUGAGACACUGCUCAUCCCUUCCGGCACCCUCAGCUUCGGGGAAGGGAACUGGAAAGUAUGUGUUUGUAAAUGAUAAGGAACCAAGCAUGGAGUGGGGGGAUAUCACGGAGAGAGCAGCCUCGAUAAUGUUCUGGACUGAAUUGGCACGCGGAAUGGGUGUCACACUGGCGCACAUCUUCAAGGAACCAGCUACAAUUAAUUAUCCCUUCGAGAAGGGACCGCUGAGUCCACGUUUCCGCGGUGAGCACGCCCUGAGACGUUACCCCAGUGGAGAGGAACGAUGCAUUGCAUGCAAACUCUGUGAGGCAAUCUGCCCGGCUCAGGCAAUCACCAUUGAAGCUGAGGAACGUGCUGAUGGAAGUCGACGAACCACAAGGUACGAUAUUGAUAUGACAAAGUGCAUCUACUGUGGCUUUUGCCAGGAAGCAUGCCCCGUCGAUGCAAUUGUCGAGGGCCCCAAUUUUGAAUUCUCCACGGAAACGCACGAAGAGUUGCUGUACAACAAAGAGAAACUCCUGCUGAAUGGUGAUAAAUGGGAAUCGGAGAUUGCCGUUAAUAUCCAGGCUGAUCAUCUCUAUCGCUAGGACAUGUCUAUGGAGAAUUCAUGCCGUGGUAUGUAGUUUGGAUUGUUAACUAUUUAAAUAAAAUUCACUAAAAAGA